GACAUUUUGUUUUGGAUUUUGGAAUUGCUGAAAUCGUGUAAUGUUUAUUUUACGAUAUUCAAGUUGGAGUAUUUAUUAAACGGCUGUCCAGUCUUUAUCUGUGCCCAGCAAGCAGUUCCAGCAUGGUCACGAGAGAGGGCUACCCGCGGUGGCAGGCCGAAGAUCACGACCCAGAUGAAAAUUAUGAUUACGAUUAUUAUGAACACCGGAAUGCCCAGAUGCGUGAAGAAUACAACAGGUAUUUACAGCAAAACAACUACAAUGAGAGACAGUUUAGCAGAGACAGAGACAGGCGGCAAGGGCGAAUGGGGGCGGAUUACGAGCACGGGGGUUACGACAGGGAAGAGGACAGAUACGAGAGGGAGUUCGAGGAUGUGCGUGGGAGGAGGAGAAGUGACGACCGAAGGCUGCCGAGAGGUGGACGAGGCAUCAGGAACGUGGAUGCUCAGAGGAUGUACGACAGGGAAAGGCGGGGCGUGAGGGCUCCCGUAGAUGGCAGGUACGACAGAGACAGGAGAGAUCUGUAUCAUGAUGGAAGCAGAGAGAGUUCGCCACGGCUUCCUAGAAAUGGACGGGCGAGAAGUGACUCCCAUGACCGCAGUAGGGAACGGAAUGGACCGCGUGAUACGAGGAGGGAUUCCCGAGACUACAGAUCCAGAUCAGACUUGUAUCUCAGGAUGAUGGAUGACAACAGUGAAGACAGCUCCGACUUCUACGACCAUGCCAGUCACAGCUCUCACAUCGACUCUAAGGCGGAGGACUACCGGACGCAGACGCCGUCCAACACUGUGAUCAUACGAGGGCUCGCCCAGCACAUCACUGAACACGAUAUUAAAGAAGAUAUCAUCAAAUGCGGUUUGAUGCCAAAAGACAUACGGCUGAUCAGAAGAAAGGAUACAGGUGCAUCACGAGGCUUUGCUUUUGUCGAGUUUAACACGAAGCAGGAAGCCUCUCGGUGGAUCGAGACCAAACAGGGCGAGUUGAUUCUGCACGACCAAUACCGCGCUGUCAUCCACUACAGCAUCUCCGUCAAGUGUGUCAAUGACUGGGUUUGUUCCAAGUGUGGAGGCCACAACUUCCGCCGGCGAGACACUUGCUAUAAGUGUUGCACUUCACGGCUGGAUUCUCGCGAUGAUGCAGAGGAGCAGGAUGAAGUGAGUCGCCAUCCAACACAUGCCAUUCUGUUGCGCAACCUGGACAUAUUGACGACAGAGGAAACGGUGAAGCAGGCUCUGAGGAACAACCCAUCCCUCCCCAUGCAACAUGUGUUGAGCGUCCGUCUGGGGCGAGACCCCCUCACCAACACGUCUCUAGGAAUGUGCUACAUCGAGUGUAGCAGUGUGGCCAAUGCCAUCAACUUCUACCGCAUCCUCAACGAGAGUCACUUGGAGAUAGAUGGUAAAAGAGUGUUGGUGUCGUACUGCAAGGUUAAUGAUGCGAACUCCCAAUCAAGCUGUGGCGAAGGCAUCUUGUACAGUAGUGCCGUAACACAGUACACAGAGAGCGACAUCCCACGAUUGGCAGAGUACAGUGCGUCUCUGUACGCAACAACGCCGCAGGAACAUGCCACAUACUUGCAGUAUUACACGGAGUACUUUCAGAACCAGGUUAAAGAGGGUGGCACGAUAUCGCUGCCUUCCCAGACGCAGAUGGACUCUGUGAAUGCCGCCGCGGCAGUCGCCCAGUCGGCCAUUCAGCAAGUGCUGGCAGCCAAGGGCAGCAAAAAAGGUAAAGGAGCAUCGGUAGUGGACAGUGCAGCCUACUACGCAGCGAGCCCUGCGACUAUCUCCGCUGCCCCUACUAUAGCUGCAGCACCAGUCCCUGCCACCUCGGUGGACACUAGUGUCGCUCAGUAUCCAACGCCGGAUGUGAGCACCUACCAGUUGGACAAGGCGUCGGGCUAUUACUACGAUCCUCAGACGGGGCUUUACUACGACGCAUCGUCGCAGUACUACUACAACUCGCAGACGCAGCAGUUCCUGUACUGGGACUGCGAGCGCCACACGUACGUGGCAGCGCCACAGUCCAGCCAGCCCAGCCAGCCCAGCCAGACACCUGCCACCACGCCCUCCACACCCACUGCGACGCCUGCCACCGCACCAGACGAUGCAGACUCCAAGGACGACAAGAAGGGCAAGGAGAAGGAGAAGCAAGACCGGGUCAAGGUGGCCAAAAAAGUUGUGAAGGAGAUGGAGAAGUGGGCUAGAAUGCUGAACCAGAAGAAGGAGAACGCUCAGCAGAAUCUGACUCUGGCAUCGGCCAGCCUGAUGCAAGCCAAGUCGAGCGGGACAGCAGACAUCGGCUAUGCAGUCCUGGAGAGGAAGGACCUCCAGGCUGCGCCCGUCACAUCUCCCAGAAGCCUGCCGUUCACCUUGAGCGACCCCGAACCCAGCGUGCUGGCAGUGCAGAGCCGCACAGCAGAGUCAGGAUCAUCGCUGGUGCCUAGGUACGGAGGUGGCAGUGACAGUGAAGAUGGUGACGAUGCCCUGACCCAAUUAGAGGACUCUCAACUUACAAACUGGGUUAAGCUGGCGUGCUUACUGUGCAAGAGACAGUUUCCUACGAAAGAUGCUCUUGUCAGGCAUCAGCAACUGUCGGACCUUCACAAGGAAAAUCUUGCAAAAUGGCGGUUGUCAAGAAAGUAGGCUCCAUGAUGUACAAGUCAAUCACUGUAUGUUCCGUGUUUGUGUAAAUGUUUCAUGAGAUUAUAGAUUAGUUGUAAUACAGUUUUACAUGAUUUCAGUUUUUAUUUUCUGUACACUUGGCUUUUAAAACAUUCUUAUCAACUUAUAUUAUGAACAUAAAUUGUGUGUGUGUGUGUGUGUGUGUGUGUGUUGUACAUAGAUGAUAGUGUACAUGUGUGCACAAACUAUAGCUGUACUAUAGUUUUCUGUUUAUAAGCUGAUCAGCUAAAAUACCAUAUUGGUUUGGCUGAUAUGCCGGUUUUUUGCCGCUACAGAAUAAAUGUACCAUUUGGUAAAAAUAAAAAUUAUAAGAGCACCCAAAA